GUUUCUUUGGGUCUUCUCGUCCAGGAAAUGUCGCCCGAUGCCAUGGCCUUUCUGGCGUUCAGCAUGCACUGCUUCAGGAUGAUCCUCGUCUACUGCAUCUGUGUGAAUAUGCUGGAGCUUUUGCUGCAGCGACUCAACGAUCGCUGAGAAGGAACAACAAUAAGGAAGACAACUUUCAUUCCCUUCCUUACUUUUUCUAUUCCUUAUCUUUGGAUCUACUUCUUUCCACGUCUUUCUUGUAUUCAAAAAUCCCCAAAAUCAAGAUGGCAAAAGUAUUUGCAUUCAAGCUGAAAAUCGAUGCGAUUUACGCAAAUUGCAUAACAUUUUUAAUAGGUUUUUCAUCACGGCAUAAAUUACGAGUACAUCGAGCGCGAAGCACGAAACGGAAACGGGCCAAACGGGGCAAAUGGGAAAUGGGAAAUGGAAAACGGAAAUUUAAAUUACCUGCAACGUAAUUACACAAAAGAAUAUGCCAAUAAAA